AUGGUGAAAGCAGCAGCAGCACAAAGCAAAACAGGUAAAACUAAAAAAAAAUGGUCUAAGGGAAAAGUAAAGGACAAAUCAAAUAAUUUAGUAAUUAUUGAUGAUGCUCUCUGUGACCGGAUUUAUAAAGAUGUUAUGUAUUAUCGUAUGAUUUCAAUAUCAGUUCUUGUAGACCGUUUCAAGAUCAAUGGAACACUUGCUCGCAAGAUCUUAAAUUUGCUUUGUGAGCAAGGUAUUAUUAAAAAAGUCUGUAUUCAUCAUGCACAAGCAAUAUAUACUCGUGUUACAGCAGAAUAA